ACCGGAAUGGUAGUCCCUUUCCCAACAAAGCAUUCUGCGCUUUACUACGUCUGAAACGUGAGCGUAGUGAAAAAGUAUUAUCCUUCUCAUUUCCGUUGCCUGCAUCCAACCCCAGUUCUACAUUUCCAUCCACAUAGUACUAUCGCGCCAACGAAAGAGCUUGGUGGUUCCAUUGUUCUGAUUAAAAUCUCUGAACCAAAGCCAGUGCCACCAUCAUUGUUGUCAUCAUAGGGCCAAAUGCUAGUCCUGUUCCACUAAACCCAUUUUGGCAUCAUCACCCCGGGCGGGCGGCAGAAGUACAGAAAUAAGUCACCUGGCAUGGAGAUAAUCCCGAUAAUGGUUGUCUUGAUUUGUGCCAGCAGCAGCACUGUAUCAUGGUGGGGGACUUCCGCUCUGGAGUUUCGCAUUCCGGGGCUGGGGAAGAUGAAUCUGCAGUUUGUGAGGGACGGAACGACCCAAGGAGAAGCCGAUGGUCAAACAGAAACUUCAAUGGCGUCGGCUGGGCAAGGGAUUCAGAACACAGAGGCGUCAACAUCAGUCGGAAGUGAGGAUGAAGACAGUGAGAAGAAAGUGACUGGUUCAGGCGAAACAACGACAGUAGAAUCAAUGACCACGCUGAAGCACACCGACAACUCUCAUAAGUCAAACGACAACCGACAAGAUAGAACAACAAAAGCCAUGAAAGAGGUGGCCGAGCCUUCGGAAGCAACAGAGUCAUCAAGUUCAGGUGAAGAAACCGAGAAAUCGACACAAACAAGUGACACAAAAUCUAGUGCUGUAACACAGGAAUCUUCGACAGAACUGUCAAAUGAAGCGACGGAGAAAAGAACAACCGAGCUGUUAGACAACACAACAGAAGGAGAAUCGAUUACUUCGAAGAACGAAACCGAGAAAUCUACACAAGAAAACGUACAAAGUACCAGUCAAGCAAGCGUACCAGGCGAGUCCAGCGAAUCAACUACUCAAGGUUCACCAAACGAUCCGAAUAAUGAAACCACUGCAAAGGAUCAAAAAUCUCCGGAAAAACCGGAGCCAAUUCAAGACGCAACCCCUGAGCAGAAAAACUCCACCACUGAGCCAUCGGAUAACGAUGACUUCGAUAUGAGUGACAUCUGGGAGGACGAGGAAGAACCUCCGCAGGAGUUUGGCCGAGAGUACGACCUGGAUCCCAAGCUGCUCGAUUCGGGCAACGGUUUGGGUGAUUUCAAACCCAAGCUGGAGUUGCCGCCAGAUAUGACCAAGGCGAUGUUCCUUGAUGUGCCUGCGGCCAAUGGCAAUGCAACCGAACAGAAUGCUACCGAUGAGGAGCGGGACGGCGAGGGAAGUUUUUUCGACAGAUUGAAAAGAUUUUUCAACAUUGCAAACCUUGUUGAAGAACUGGACACCAUUCCGGGGAAGGUUCAGUCGUUGGUGGAUCAAUUUCAUCGAAAAAAGUCAAACGCAGUGAAGAAGCUAUGGAAAAUGAUCGACAAAAGUGCUGAGAUGAUGGGGAACAAAAUUUCUGAAGCGUUCACAAAGUUGAAGGCAUCGAAAGAAAAAAUAUCUCAACAGUGUUUGCAACGUAUUCAGGAAUCGUUUAAGCAGUAUGAAGCUGCAUUGCAGCAAGGAAUCCAACCGUGCUUUGAGAACGCACAAAGCGCAUUGGCCUUGCAGGAGGGUAUGCUCAAAAGGGCAAUAGAGAAGUACAGCCAAAUCGUGACGGAUGUACAGAGUUGUGCACAUAAGUUGGAAGGUUCGUCAAUCAAUACCUUUGUUUCGUCUAUUUUCAACGUGGGAAGUUGCACGAAGAAAAAUAUCCAAUCGCAAAUAGAAGGCACCCUUCAACCGCAGAUGGAGCGUCUAUCGCAGCUUCUCAAGCGGCACGAAUCGGAUCUAAAUUCGAACAUGAAAUCCACUGGCAGUUGCGUUAAGAAACAACUUCAGAUGCCAACACGCAACAAACAACAACAGGAGCUGAUCGCUGACGGUAAACAGUGUCUGGAAAGUAAUUGACAAAUAAAUCAAUAAACGAUGGUGGGUAUCCCAGGUAUCUGUUUCGAAUCGAUGCGGAAUGUUCUCCUUGUUUAGUACACACUUCCCAACUCAAUGUUGAUAAUAGACCUUUCCCGUAGGAAAUUAUAUAAAAUAAAUUAUU